AUGGUCAUGCUCGAUUUCUUCUUAUCCAUCUCCCAUCAACUUCGUGAAAUUCGAGGGCGUUUGGACAAGAACGUUACGGAGCGAGAGAAUAUGGAAGAGUGGAAGUUCGCCGCAAUGGCUCUGGAUCGUCUUUGUCUGGUUAUGUUCGGCAUUUUACUUGUCGCUUGUGUUAUCGUCGUGUUCUUCGUCAAUCCAAACUAUAGUCUCAUCAGUGUUUCU